AAAACUUUUCACUUUCCCUUUUGUUUGUUCGAACAGAAAACACACACACAAAAAAAAAAAAAAAACUUGUGUUGUUUUUAUUACACUCUCUUCAUACUUCUGCUACUACGAUUUUCAUUUCUUCUUCUUCGUCAUAAAUUAGGGUUUCUUCUCAACGGCUACGAUUCCGUCACCGGAUGGAGAACGGAGGAAUUCACCCAUGGAUUAUGAUGACAAUGAUUUCCAAAACCAGACUUUUCAGUUAGUUAGUGAAGAGAAAAACAGUAAGUUUCCUCCAGGCUUAAGCUCAUAUUCGCUACCCAAAUUUGAUCUGGACGACAACGUUAACUUGAGGUUUGAUAGUUUAGUUGGAUCAGAGGGUUUACUUGGCAUAAGAAGUCAAGAAGAAAAUCAGUGGAUUGAAGAUUUUUCGGGAGGAAGUAGUGGGAUAGAAUUUAGUUCAACUGCUGCCGAAUCUUGCUCCAUCUCAAGGCGUAACAAUGUUUGGUCUGAGGCUACAUCCUCGGAAUCUGUUGAAAUGUUACUGAAAUCGGUAGGACAAGAUGAAAUGAUUAUGGAACAAAAUACUACUAUUAUUAAGGGAUCGGUAUCCGGAGACGGAUUGGGCGACUUAACAACUCAAAUGGGUCUUCAAAAUUCAGAUAAAGAUGGUUCUGUAGCUCCUCCAUCCAAGGGACUGGAUGCGAUGGAUGAGGAUUCUGCAUUACCAACCAAUCUAAGUAAAGAAGCUCCAGAUCAGCUUCUGCCUCAGGUUGAACCUACGGAUGGAAUCACUGACGACGGUGACGCAUCUGUUUAUGGGAGUUUGAAAGAUCUGGGUCCAAGUUCUGUUAUUGAAACGUAUUGUAGUGCAUCAGUGACCGAAUCUGGGCGAGAUCUUUUCGUUGAUGAUGACAAAUGCAGAAAAGCAAAUAUGGAAGUUGUCCCUUUGGUUAGCUCUGAGGGGAAGAAUAAGACACCGCACGCCUGUCCUCCUGGUUUUGAGAAUAUGCAUCUUGGUCCCUCUGCUGCUCCCGAUCCAACACAUGCUAAAAAUGUUAGUGGAGUAUCUGUCAGUAACUGUUGUGAUUCUUUAACUGCAAACAAGAAGAACGAAAUGGGUCAAGACGAUGUAAGCUUUCUGUCAGAUUCUUCCAGGUUGUUGGUGGUUUCUUCAUCAGAAGCAGCUGAAACUACUAAAAUAGGAGGGCUCGAGUCUAGUGAUUCAGUUAUUGUUCAUUCAGAUGCCCCUCUCAUCAAUAAAGAAAUUGAAAGGUCCACUAUUGACCCAGGGAGCAAAGUAGAGUGUGACGCGGAUGGUUCUCUGAUUGUGGGAGAGAAGGUUUGUACAUCAUCCAGUAGUCAGACUAUUAUCACAGAAAGCAUGGUUCAUGAAACACCUUCUGUCCAGGUUCUGUCGGAGCAAUCAGAUCUAAUGAAAUUAGGGUGCAAUAACAAAUUGAGUGGUGCUAAGGAUUUGCCUGACGGGAGCAACAUUGGCGUUAAACCCGAGGAGGAUGUAAAGACACAGUUACUUGUCGAGAAAUUUAAACAUUCUGAUAAGCAGGAAGCAGUGACCACAAUCUGCUUGGAGCCUAGUAGUUCAUCAGUGAUGAAUGUGAGGUCCGAAAUGCCAGAUAUGUCCAUUUCUUCUGAAUUAAGAGAAGGUGAAGCUUCUGUAGAUGCUGGAAAGAUAGUAGAUGCUAUUGGUGAGCCGUCAUCCCCAUUGGGACAUGAUAGUGCAAGAUGCCAAAACAAGCCUCCAACAACAGUAGCUAACAAAGAUGCUCUGGACUCCAGAGAUGUGUUGGGAACUCCUGUUUCUUAUGAAUCCCUUUCCGAAGAAAACGAUGGUGUUCAAGCAGUAGUUGGAGUUUCUUCUGUGGUCCAGGAAGGAGCAGUAAUGGAAUCUGCAGGUAGCUACGGCGAGAUUUUGAAAAAACCCAUACCGUCGUUGGAGGAAUCUUCGCACGACGUUGACCCAAAAACUGUGGAAGAACCAAAAGAGUCUGGAAAUGAUGUGCAGAGUGUCCUCGUAGGAGAAAAAGGUGAUGCCUUGAAUGACUCAGGGGACUUCUCUAAAUCUCUGAUGUUGAGAGACGAUGCAGAUCGACAAUCUUUGCAAACAGGAAGUAGCAAUCCGAAUUCUAUUGAACUUAGAUGUGGUUCCCCUACUGUCGUCAGUUGCAGUGAAAUCUCCCAAAAUGAAAAAGAAGAUCCACUUUUAGGUGAUGCCUCAAAUGUCUCCAUUGAAUCUGUGAGGAUACUGAAUGGCGAUUCUGAACUUCAACCUGUGCAAACAGGAAAUAGCAAUCUGAACUCAAUUGAGUCUAAUUGUGGUUCCCCUACUGUCAUCAGUUGCAGCGAGCCCUCCCUAAGUGAAAAAGAAAACCUGGUUUUAGGUAAAGAUGUUUUAGCGGAUCAAUCUAAUGCCUCUGUUUGUGAGGCCAAUAUAGCCACUUCUGUGCUUCUUGAUCCUAAUGUUAAAAGUUGCUCCCAAGAUGAUAGAAAUUUCACUUUCGAAGUCGGUUCACAGCCACAUCCAUCUGAGAGAACUGGCGAUGACUGGAGGCCAUUUCCCACUGAUCUACCUGGUGCAUCUCAGAUUGCACAGGGAUCUCCUCCAAGAGAAACGUCUUCCCAAAUAGAUUCAAAGAUGUUAUCACACGUUUCACAGGGUUCUGCUUCAACAAAAACAGUUAGCCAAGUAAAUCCCAAGAUGUCAUCACAUACUUCUCAGGGAAGUCCUCGGAAAUCUGGUGGGAGAAAGGUUCGUAAAAGCUCCAAGGGUCAUAAGCCUGCUGAUGAUACAACAACAGCUGGAUCCGAUAAAACAGCUGGCACGGAAGCUUCUAACGACAAAGGAAGUCCUCUUAAAAAUGAGCUGCUCCUAUGUCAAAAAGAGUGUCAAGAGGGUCAGGGUGGCAUAGCUCAGGGAGCCAAUCAAUUCAGCUCAAUUUUCCAUGAUCCCAGAAAAGUUGAUCUCCUCAGAGAUGAUAGAAGUUUCACUUUUAAGGUUACCUCACAUGAACAUUUGGCUGAAACAGAAAUAGGUAGCGGGUGGAAACCAUUCCCAAGUCUUCAACCUAAUGAUGUCCUUCAGACCGUAGGGACUUCUCCCAUUAUAUCCAGCUUCAGCCAAACAGAUCCGAAUAUCAUACAAGAUAUUUCUUUUGCAAAUACUCGAACACCUGGUGUAAAAAGUGAACGCCGAAGAUCUAGAGUGGCAGAUGGUAAAGCAAGGUCGGGGUCUGGCAAGGUGGUUGAUAGAGUGGCUGCGAAAGAAGGGAAAACUCUUGAAGAGGUAACACCCAGAAAACAGAUAAAAGGAAGGGGGGGCAGCUCAUCGGGUACAUUGUCCCCUAGUUCAUUUGGCAUUGUGAAUCAUGUUGCACCAGCAGAAGAGAUGAGACCAUUUGGAUUCAUUGAUGGCAGCAAUACUAAACCCAGUCCUGUUCUAAUGGGUCAUACAUCUAGUCUGCCGGAUUUGAAUACUUCGAUUCCAACCUCCGCCUUAUUUCAACAGCCUUUCACAGACUCGCAACAAGUGCAAUUGCGUGCUCAGAUAUUUGUUUAUGGUUCUUUAAUUCAAGGAACUACACCUGAUGAGCCAUGUAUGAUAUCAGCCUUUGGAGAAUCUGAUGGUGGAAGGAGCAUGUGGGAGAAUGCAUGGCGUAUUGCUCUCGAAAGGCUUCAGCAUCAGAAGUCUCCACUCAGUAGUGCCAAGGCUCCUGCACAAUCAACUAGAAGCUUUCUUCAAAAUGAUGCCUUCUCAACACCUGGACGACCUGGUGGUGUAGGUGCUUCUCCGUCAAUGAUUAGUCCUGUAAUACCCAUGUCAUCCCCAUUGUGGAACGUUUCUUCUCCCUGUGAAGGGUUGUACGCCAGCAGCAGCAGCACAAUGAAAGGAGGGCCUCUUAUGGAUCCUCAUCAGACGCUUGUUCAAGUGCAUCAUCCUUAUCAGUCUCCACAUUUGAGGCAUUACGUAGGAAGCACCAAUACAUGGCAACCCCAAGCCCCCACGCCUGCGACCUGGGUUGUUAGCACUCCUCAGAGUUCAUCACUUAGUGCACCCAAUGCUAUACACUCAGCCGCUUUACCUAUCUCAGAAGCAGUUCAUGUGCCUUCUGGCCGAGAACCAUCAUCUGCAUCACGCCCAUCUGGGUUGGUGCAGCAGCCUGCUUUACCUCCUAGUACUUCUGCAAGUACAACUUCUCCCAUAGUAGAUGUGAAAAGAACUCCACCACCAUCAGGAAAGCAAGCUGCAGCGGAGUCGAAGCCUAGAAAAAGGAGAAAGGGUUCAGCUUCUUUGGAGAUUGAUCAGAUCUCUACUUUUGUUCAACCUACAUCAGCACCAGAGCCAAUUUCUUCUCAUGGAGAUGGUCAUCAAUUGCCAACUACAUCUAUUACCCCUAUCACAUCAGUUCCAUCUGAUUUUGAUCCUAAUGUUUCCGCUGACAGUAAUUUUGUCCUAGCAACAACAUCACUCACGCCUCCCAAGCCAAAUGUAUUAGUUGGUCAUGCAGACACAGAGCAGCGGAGUGGGACUGUCCUCUCAGAAGAAACAUGUAGACAGAUCGAUCAGGCUCAGCAGCAGGCAGAAGAAGCAUCUGCUCUUGCUACAGCUGCAGUUAAUCACAGCCAAAGUGUAUGGGCCCAGCUAGCUAUCCAGAAGAGCUCUGGUUUGGUUUCUGAUCUAGAAGCUAAGCUAGCUUCUGCGGCGGUCACAAUAGUUGCGGCAGCUGCUGUUGCUAAGGCAGCAGCUGCUGCUGCUAAAAUUGCAUCUGAUGCUGCUCUGCAAGCCAAACUGAUGGCUGAUGAGGUUCUAGUUUGUCAACUUGGAAAUAUGACAUCUGAUGCUUGUCUUCAUGGUGGUGUGAAGAAUAUGGGGAAUUUUUUCUCUCCCGCAUCCAUCUUGAAGAGUAAGGACAGAACUAACAAUUCAGACUCGAUUCUUGUUGUCGCAAGGGAGGCAGCUAAAAAGAGGGUUGAAGCUGCAUCAGCUGCUACAAGAAGAGCUGAAAACCUGGACGCUGUCGUUAAAGCGGCAGGAAUGGCGGCAGAAGCUGUAUCGCAAGCUUCUACCAUCAUUGCCAUGGGGGACCCCGUACCUUUUACACUUCAGGAGUUAGUUGAAGCUGGUCCAGAAAAUUAUUGGAAAGCACAGCAACAUCAUUUGUUCUCUGAUCAGACUGCCAAACUGAACUCUAACACUACAAAUAUGGUACAGCAAGCUGAAGUAGUUUGUGCAGAAGAGGGGGUUACCAGAUGCAUUGAAAAUAAUUUGAAAGAGAUGGAAGGUACCUCGGACCAAGGGAAGAAGGUACCUCCUCCAAAAGAGUUGUCCAAACAGGUUAAAAACAACAAUUUGAUGGUGAAUGGCAUACGCCGGGGUCCUGCUGGCAAUGGUGAAAAAAGUCUGACAGAACCCAAACCAGGCAGAACUUCUGAUGUUGUUGAAACCAUUGGAUCUGCUCCUGUUGAAUCUAUAUGUGCUUUGCAAACUGCCCGGAGUGAGGAAUGUGAAGCAGCAGGGGAGUCAGCCCCAGCUUCUAUAGAGAACCAAAUUGAGGAAGGUUCCGUUGUAGAGGUUCUUUCCUGCGAGGAAGGCCUCGGGCGGCGGGUGUGGCUUCCGUCCAAGGUACUGAAUUUGAAGGAUGGGAAGGCACAUGUCUGUUUCGCUGAACUUGCUCGAGCUGGAGGUUCUGGGCAGUCUACAGAGUGGGUGUCACUUGGUGGAGAAGGAGGUCAAGCUCCGCGAAUCCGCAUUCCACAUCUGGUGAGUGCUUCAAAGUAUGAAGGGACGAGGAAGAGGCGCAGAGCAGCUAGAGGGGACUGCAGUUGGUCUAUUGGAGAUAAGGUGGAUGCAUGGAUAAAUAAUGGUUGGUGGGAAGGAACUAUCACCGAAAUGGGCAAGGACAAUGAAGCAAAUUUAACUAUUCAACUGUCAGCUCAGGGGGAUGCCUCAAUUGUUGGAUCAUGGAAUCUUCGCCCAUCUCUCUUUUGGAGAGACGGUCAUUGGAUAGAAUGGUCAAGGUCGACAGAAAAUAUUGUCUCUUCCCAUGAGGGCGAUACUCCACGGGAGAAACGAACAAAGUUCGGCCCGCGUGCAGCUGAAACUGAUGCGGGAAUUGAGGUUAGAGAGACAGAUAAGAUUGGAAAACAUAAGGUGCAUAUAGAGGAAAGUGAAAAACCUGAAGCAUCCAGACCUCUGCCGCUGUCUGCUAAAGAAACAGUAUUCAAUAUAGGGAAGAACUCCAAAGAGGACAAUAAAGAUAAAUUUGGAAUGAAGCAGACUGGUCUUCAGAAGCUGGGCUCGUCAGUGGUUCCUGGUGUCUCCAAGCCUGGAAGGAAAAGGAAAUUUAUGGAUGUAAGCAAACACUAUGUCCCUAAUAGAGGUGUUACAACAAUCACUGAAGCAAACGAUUCAAUUAAAUUUACCAAGUUUUUGAUACCUCAGGAUUCAGCUUCGCGUGGAUGGAAAAAUCCUUCUAAAAUUGUUAGCAGGGGGAAACGAGUAGCUGAAUCGAGGCCUAACUUUCAGAAGACUGGAAACCUUGACACUGUUACAGGUAGAAAUACAUCCGAGAGAGACAGUCGAAGUUCUUCAGUAUCUGUACCCUCUGCAACGACUGAAGGUGUUGCACAUGAUAUACCAAAUACUCCAGCCUCUAGUACCAAAAAUGAGGGAUACAUGUUGGGUUCUGUAUCAGAUGCGCCUUUGGCAAAGAAAAAACCAUCUUCUACUGUUGCGCCUACUUUUGCAAAUAAAAGGAAACUUGGGGCCUUUCCAGGUCAAAAGUUGUCUAGAAAUGAAGACAAGGAUCGUGUUGGUCAGAAUGAGAAGCCUGUGAUCCCUGAUGCCGUUGAGCCACGGAGAUCAGUUCGCAGAAUUCAGCCGACGUCCAGGCUAUUAGAAGGGUUACAGAGCUCACUAAUUGCCUCCAAGAUCCCUACUGCACAUGACAGAGGCACCAAAGGCCAACACAGGGGUGCAGCCAGAGCCGUCUUAUAGACUAGGCUAUUUCCUAGAGCCUCAAAUUCCUGGGGCCCAAAAUUGUAUUUUUUCCUUGUAGCUUGGUUUUUUUUUUUUUUUCUUCUCUAUAUAUGUAGUGCUCUUAUAUAGUGGUCUACCACUGUCCUUGUUGAUAGUGAUACUAUCUAAGCUGUUAUUGAAAGCCGCUUGUUUCAAAAACACCUUGUAUAUAGCUUUCCAAAUCCA